AUGGAGCCCAUCAUCCGAGCCAUUCAAACGGAGAAACCCGAAUACAAUCUUCAAGGAAGCGAUAUCAUUGCUUGCGGCAGUACAAUGGGGAAUUUGCUCCGCUUUGCACGGGGCUCAGAUAAGGCUUUCAGAAUCCUCAUCGAAGCCAUUGGGGACACUGUUUUCUUCACCAGGCGAGAGAAUUCACCUUUGGAGACCAUUCCAGAUGUUCGGGGGUAUGGACAUUCAUUUCCAGAAGCCUAUACUGCCUGGAGCUCUACGGUGCGAGGCUCGGAAUCUCACCAACGGGUUGUGAGUUACGAGUUUUCGACACCGAAGAUUUUGGUUAGAUUCGAGGUGGAUGGAUUCUUGAACGAGCGCGUUCAUGAUCAUGAGCAUAAAUUCGAACUGGAACCAUUGAAUCCUGGCUCAGGUUUUGUUUCUGAGUCUAGUGAGACUGGCUCCAACACAGAGAAUGAGCUGCUCAAGUCUAUGGCCAACGCUGCUGUGUCAUCAGUAUGCCUAGCUGACAAGAAAGAAACCAGCGAGGCUCUCAGGAUCGAAAGAAGGGGCCGAAGCAUUCCACAAUGUGUUAUUUUUGAUUUGAAGACUCGAUCGCUCAAGAAAAGGCAUGUUGACACGCUGCAGGAGGAGCUGCCUAGGCUGUGGGUCGCGCAGAUUCCAAAUUUCAUGCUGGCGCAUCACGAAUUUGGUGUUUUUAAGUCGAUUGAGGUUCGUGAUACGACCCAAGCUAUAAAAGAAUGGGAAGAGGAGAACCAGGAGGCUUUGGUUAGGUUUGCUGCUCUCCUGAAGAGAAUAGUGGCGUUUGCGAGAAGUAUGGGAAAAUUUGAGAUUGUCCGGGGAGUCGAUAGCGAAGAGCUAGAAUUGCGGGAGCAAGGCGGAAUUGUGAGGGGAGUGUUGCCUACUGACCUGCUGGACAUGUGGGACUGGGGUAUCUAG